UUGUGGAAGAAUUUGGGGACCUGCAGCUCUCCUUUCAGCCGGAGCUUCCCAGAAUUGCCCUCUGCUCCUCCACUCCUGAGGACAGAAGAGCCUGGAUGGAGCCUCUGUUUUUCCUGCAGCCUCCCAACAGAGGACAGGAGACCCCAUGUGCUUGCAGAGUCUUCGGCUAGACAAGAUGGAAGCGAGGAAGUCAGCCGCCGUUGGCGUUCCUGUGACAUCCCGUUUACAGCCAGACCAGAGGGCCCCACCGACGCAGCUUCAGUUCAGUUGGAACGCUCCAGCCUCGUCAGAGAACCCGCCUGCCCGAUUAGCCGACCCUCGUCCGAUCAUCAUCGAAAAGCUGAAGCCGGCCGAGGGCAGCCAGCCUCGGGACCACCGUGCUGGCGACGGGCUUGACCUUCAGGGCUCCGUGGAGUUUUCCGUAGUCUCCCAGGAGAAGCUCGACUGGGCAGUCCAGCUAGCCAAGAGGGAUGUCCGACGCAGGCACCUGGAAGAGCAGGUCCAUCAGCAUCUUUUUGGCAAGGGUGAGGGUCCCGCUCCAUGCCCUCAAGGGAAGGAGUCUGGAAGUGCCUCCAGGCUGAGAGCCUCCAGGCCCCGUCCGAAACACGAAGGCCCGCCUGGCAACGCUUGCAAGGCAGAGAGGACAAGUUCCCGCGCAAAAGUCUACCUUCGUAUGCCGACUCAGGGCGAAGCGCAGCAGCCGCCUUUGUCUGAUUCGCCCCCAACUCACGAUCCAGGGCUCACGCCUGUUUCAGUCCUCAAAAGGGAGACAGAUAGGAGCGUGUUGGAAGUCAGGCGGCUGCAGAAGGAGCUCCAGGCCUACAUCCAGAAAGUCGAAGAGCUGGCCAGAAAAGAGAGAAGCGAAAUGACCUUGGAUCCCGAGGAAGAGCACCGGGUCCGUGUACGGAGGCAGGAGCAGGCGGUGCGCUCAGCCCGGACGCUGUAUGUGCUUCAGCAGCAGGUGAAGGAAAUACAAGACGAUCUGGAGAAGCUGAGUCCGCACAAAAUCAAGCACACCAAGAAGUCGAGGGCCAUGGCCAGGCUGGCAGCCGCUCACAGAGGGGCCGUCCGGGCGCUGCAGACUUUCGUGACUCACUUUGCCGAUCAGCAUCCGCUGCCGCCCUCCACGGCCCACUUCCGGCAGCUGGGCCACCUCCUCCGGCAGCUCUCCCUCUGCUCCGCCCGCCUCGAGAUGGACGACUCCAUUCCGGAUGUGAUCGUGGACCUGCUGCUGCAGAUCGAGGACCUGGAUGUUCUUCUUGCAAGGCGGGGCUCUCCCAAGCAAAGGCCGGGAGUCCCCCCGCUGUCUCACGGGGACCCCCUGAAGGGCCCCAGCCGGUUGCCACAGAGAGAGAAGGCGGCCGUGGUUGCCUCGGAGUCCCAGAAGCCAACAGCAGCCAGGAAGCUUCUCCCAGAUGAGCCUCCGAAGUCUGAGGAGAUCUUGCAUCAACACGAGCCAAGUGGCGCAGGAGGUGGCACCAGGCCGCCGGAGGGCCUGCCCCCUUCACAGGCAGAAGCUGUUGGGCAGCAAGGUGCGGGGGAGACCUCUGGGCCGAGGAAAGCAGCCACGGGGCCCAGCCACGACCACGGCCCCUCGCGGAGGAAGGGAGGCGUGUUGUUUUCCACCCGACCGCAGGGAAGCGAGCGACCUCCCAGGACGAAAGGGGCCCAUCCUCUGGCUAAGCAAGCCCGCUUCCGAGAGCCCACCGUCUCUUUCCGGAUGAAGGAGACGAAGCCCCCCGUGCGAGAGUGCAGGACCCCCUGGGUGCCCCCCAGCCUCACUUCUCCCCUCAGUUCCCCUCAGAGGCACCCGGAGAGGACCCCCGAAAGCAAAGAGCCAUCUCCAGAGAGGGGGGCGGCGGCAGAAGGAAAGCAAGGGACCCCAAGAAAAGAGAUGGUCAGGGCGGAGGGCAGCUCUCCCACCCAGAUCGCGAAGAAGAUUGAGCAGGCCGUUCGGGAGCGACUGGAGCCCCUCUUGGCGAGGGCGCAGAAAGCCAACCUUUCCUUGGAGGGGAGCGUCGGCCGGAGGGAGCCUUCAGGAGACCGCCUACCGCGACCCCUGGACCGGGGGAAGACCGUGGUGGCAGAGAGAGGGGAUCUGGAAGGUGGCCCGGAGGCUUCAGCUGGGGAGCAGCUGUGGAUGAUGGAUCCGGAGUCCCUCCUGGCCCCGGGUGCCCCUGACCUGGAGGCGAUGCUGCAGAGAAUGGAGGAGAUGGAGCGCUUCCAGGAGGCUGUGCGCAGGCGAUACCACCAGAUUGUUUAUUCCGACACUGAGUUUGAUGCCCAGGAAGCGAGGAGGGAGAAAAGGUGGGGGGCAGAAGAAAGCAACCCAGGGGCCGGUGGCAUUCCCCCGUCUCCCAUCCAGAUCACGAGGCUGGCGAGCCAUAGAGAGGCGCAGGUGGAUAUCGUCCUGGAGAGGCCCUGGGAUGCCGACGCUGUGCAAGAGGAGGACUUCCCAGAGCCCCCGGGCCAUGGGGCUGAGCAUCCAUCCGCACAGCACCUCCCUCCCCAGAGGAACGGCGGUGAUGGCGGCGUCUUUUGCUCCGUCCCCGUGAGCACCCUCCAGAGCAUCCGCGAUUACGGGGCCUGCUACGAGCAGAACCUGAAGCGCAUAUCCCAUGCACAUCCCUCGCUCCUCCUCCUGCUCCUUCCCGGUGGUGCAUCCAGCACUGUGCAAGAGGAGGACUUCCCAGAGCCCCCGGGCCAUGGGGCUGAGCAUCCAUCCGCACAGCACCUCCCUCCCCAGAGGAACAGCGGUGAUGGCGGCGUCUUUUGCUCUGUCCCCGUGAGCACCCUCCAGAGCAUCCGCGAUUACGGGGCCCGCUACGAGCAGCACCUGAAGCGCAUCUCCCAUGCACCUGUGGGCACCUUCGACCCCUGGCACAUCACGCAGAGCCUGGCCGAGGAGCUGAUGGAGGAGGCCCUGGCAGAGGUGGCGACAGAGCUCCAGGACCUCUGUGAGGACUACGCAGAAGCCGUGUUCACCUCCGAGUUCUUGCAGGCACCAGAAUGAGUGUCUCUCCCGGGGUGGCCGCCCGGGGCAGCCCCCUUCCCGAGGAGGUCAUCCUGACUCAAAGGAGCCUCUUGGGGUCUCUGUACGUAGGGGGCAGGACCUAGACACAACCUGGACAGCUUCUCAGGGAACAAUAGACAGGUCCUGCCUGCCUGUUGUCCUGCGUCCCUUUUUUGGGGGGGGGUCUGCUGGGAUGGGGGGUCGAGGCCAGUGGUGGUGCUUGUACGCUGAGGCCCCGAGCCCCCUCCCUCUCUCCCCCAAGCCUCUCAGUGCUAGGGUGCCCUUUCCUGCAGCUUGGAUGCCCUGGAGAACUGAGGCUGCCCAUCCUCUUUGGGGCCUGGCCUGGCUGAACGUCGUCCGGCUGCUCAGUGCCGUUGGCAAUAUGGCCCUUGCCCAACAGUCUGCGCCAGCCUCCUUGAACCCUCCCGUGGGCCCAGAGCAGGGCUCUGGCAAAGAGCGUUUUUUCCGCUGUCCAGCACCGGAGCCCUGCAGAGGGUCUUCUCGCCCACUUGGGAGAGGGCAGACCGGGUGAGGACGCCCCACAUUUGGCAGUGCAGUUCUUGAGCCCGGCCCAGUUCAGCCCACAGGUCGGCACUUCCAGAGAAUCCUGGGCGGCAUGCCAUGGAGAGAGGGGAGGUCUCCUACAUCUCCUGACCACGAUGUGCACCCCGGAGGCUCCUGAGGUUGCCGUUAGCAGAGGGAUUUCGGUGAAAUGGGGCCGCUGGUUUGCCCACCUCCCUGUGCGACCCCCCCAUGGCGGCUGGAGCCCCUUUCCUUUCCUUCGUCGGCUGCUGGUGCUGUGGAUGGGGAACUUGGAAGAAGUAUCUAAAACAACCUUCCGACGGAGCAAAGCCCAUUUUUCUUCUCUGUCUCUGAGAAAAGGUUUCCUUAAGAGGCUUCCUUUCAAAAGCGCCGCUGCAGCUCCUUAGCAACACCCCUUUGUAUAAGAGUAAUAUUUAUCCCGCAGCAGAAGGCUGUGUACAUUAAAUCAGUAAAUUUUAUACUGUUUUCCCAAGGAUCAAAAAAUAAAAACCUUUCUUAAAGUAGA